UAGAGAGAAUGUCGGCUGCCGGGAGAAGUGUGGUGUUCGUCACCGGCAAUGCGAAGAAGCUGGAGGAGGUCAUUCAGAUCCUAGGAGAUUCCUUUCCAUACAGACUGGUUGCAAAAAAAAUAGACUUGCCUGAAUACCAAGGGGAACCCGAUGAUAUUUCUGUGCAGAAGUGCCAAGAAGCAGCUAAGCAGGUCCAGGGACCAGUUAUAGUAGAAGACACCUGUUUGUGUUUCAACGCCCUUGGAGGGCUCCCAGGGCCAUAUAUCAAAUGGUUUCUGGAGAAGCUGAAACCAGAAGGUCUGUACAAACUGUUGGCAGGAUAUGAAGACAAGUCUGCGUAUGCCCUCUGCACUUUUGCCUUCAGCACGGGGAAUCCAGAGGACCCAGUGAAGUUAUUCAAAGGUCAGACUCAUGGACACAUAGUUGAUCCAAGAGGGCCCAGAGACUUCGGAUGGGAUCCAUGCUUCCAGCCGGAAGGGUAUGACCAAACGUAUGCUGAGUUGCCAAAGUCUGUGAAGAACUCAAUCUCUCACCGUUACAAAGCCCUGAACGAACUGUCUACUUACUUUGUUCAGCAGCACAAAAAGGCUACAGCUGGUUCCAGUUAGCCUGCCUGGGGUUUGGGGGUGGGUGGAUAUGUGGGUUUUGUUCCGAAAAUUCUGUGUGAAAUGCGAGAUUAGCGUUUGGCUGUUUGUACAUAUCCAUGCCUAAUAAAGCUGCUUCU